ACGAAGUUAGUGUAUAUUUUUAAAACACAUCUGUGGUAGGUUAAGAAGCCUGCAUAGUUUAUAUGGAAGUUAUCAAUAUAUAAUUUUAGCUUUACUCGCCCAAAAUAAUUUAGGAUGAAUGUCGUAUCUGUAAUAAAACUCUACAUCAGUAAAAUGAUUGAAGAAAGUGGGCCUGGAAUGAAAGUUCUUCUGAUGGACAAAGAAACGACUAGCAUUGUGAGCAUGGUUUUUGCCCAAUCAGAAAUUCUUCAGAAGGAAGUGUACCUGUUUGAGCGAAUGGACAUGAAUAGUAGGGAAGCAAUGAAGCACCUCAAGUGUAUAACUUUUGUACGUCCAACAAAAGAAAACGUUGAGCUUCUGACGCAAGAGCUAAAGAAUCCUAGAUAUGGCCAGUAUUUCAUAUAUUUUAGUAAUGUGAUCAGCAAAGCAGACAUAAAAACUUUAGCAGAAUCUGAUGAACAGGAGGUUGUAAGAGAGGUUCAAGAAUUUUAUGCAGAUUAUAUUGCUGUGAGUCCUCAUUUAUUCUCUGUAAACUGUGUUGGCUGCUAUCAAGGCCUGGGCUGGAACCCAGUUCAUCUUCAAAGAAGUACUCAAGCUGUAAUCUCUGUACUACUUUCAUUAAAGAAGAACCCAGUAAUUCGAUAUCAGGGAUCAUCAGAGUUGGCUAGGAGGUUAGCUGAAAAUGUGCGACAAUCCAUUACUAAGGAGGUAUCCCUUUUUGAUUUCCGAAGAACAGACGUUCCACCAUUAUUGCUGAUCCUUGAUAGGAGGGGGGAUGCAGUCACCCCACUCUUGAAUCAAUGGACAUACCAAGCUAUGGUACACGAACUGCUAGGAAUCAACAACAACAGGGUGAAUCUAGCUGAUGUUCCGGGGAUCAGCAAAGAUCUUCAGGAAGUUGUGAUGUCAGCAGAGCAUGAUGAGUUUUAUGCUAAUAACAUGUAUUUAAAUUUUGGUGAAAUUGGAUCAAACAUUAAGGAGCUAAUGGAGGACUUCCAGAAAAAAACUAAGAGUCAGCAGAAAGUGGAAUCUAUUGCAGAUAUGAAAGCAUUUGUUGAAAACUACCCUCAGUUUAAGAAGAUGUCUGGCACAGUAGCAAAGCAUGUCACCAUGGUGGGGGAGCUGUCUCGACUUGUUGCUAGCCACAACCUAUUAGAAGUAUCGGAGACGGAGCAGGAACUUUCUUGUCAGUCAGACCAUUCUGAAAAUCUGAAGAGGAUUCGUAGGUUGAUUGGUAAUGAGAAGGUGCGUGACAUUGAUGCAACAAGAUUGGUUAUGCUGUAUGCUCUUCAUUACGAACGUCAUAGUAACAAUGACAUUACAGGGUUAGUUGAUGCUCUGAAGAAGCGAGGAGUUUCAGAAAAACUAACGAAGAUGGUGUAUUCUGCACUCGAAUUUGGGGGGAGCAAAUCUCGUAGCUAUGACCUUUUUGAUGCUGAAAAUGUUCGCUCAAUCACUCGGAAAGUUAUCAAAGGUCUAAAGGGAGUAGAAAAUAUCUAUACCCAACAUACUCCUUUAUUGCGAGAAACCAUGGAGGAUUUACUUCGUGGGAAGUUAAAAGAGGCUCCAUAUCCUUACUUGGGUACAGUGCAGAUGCGUGAAAGACCUCAGGAUGUCAUUGUAUUUAUGGUUGGUGGCACAACUUAUGAGGAGUCCAAUGUGAUUCAAGAACUCAAUAGAACAACACCUGGAGUUCAUAUUGUGCUUGGAGGAACUACAGUUCACAACUUUAAAAGUUUCUUGGAGGAAAUGAAGUCUGCAACGGUAGGAAUGAUUAUGAAGCCUGGUGGUUCAAAACGAGUAAUUCGAUAGUUUAGUCUAUAUAACUUUUUUCUCUAAUAACGUGGAUAGCAUGGAAGCUGAACUCACUCUGUACAUGUAAUAUUAUGUUACUAUGGAUCUGUAAUUUUCAAUUAUUCCAGUUACUGUGCUAAUGUGGAUGAAAACUGUUCAAAUUGCAUACAGUAAACAUAAAAUAUGACUGUACAUUGAAAAUUUGCAGAAACAUGUAAAGAAUGUUUUAGAGACAUUGGCAUUUUGUAUAUUUGCCAUUGUAUUAAUUUAUGUAGGACAGUGAUUCAUUUAAAUACUAUUUAAGAUAGGAUAUGUUAUUAAUAUACGCAUGCUAGCAGAGUGACAUUAAUAUAUAAAGAAAAAAGCUGAAAGAUCAAAUUUCCCUGUUAGUGCUGUCUAAAAUGUGAAUUUGAGUAUUCUCUUCCAUUUUAAAGAAAUUACUAUUUUUUAUUGUUAUUAUAUCUUUUCUUUUUUUUUGUGGAAACAUACUUUUGUAAAUAUAUC